CGAUUGUUUUGAUUGAAAGGCAUCAAAGUUUUCUUGAAUUUCCUCAAUUUUCUUUGCUUUUCUGCAUAUUUGUCUCCCAAAAUCAACAUCAAAAUGUCCUCAGAAGUAUCCUUCAAGAAGUUAAAUGUGAAAAAUAAAGGAGCAAGAAAGAGGAAACAAUCUUCCUCGAGUUCUGGUUCGGAAAGUGAUCAGGAGUCAGCAGUUGUCAGGGGGAAUGCACGUACAGCCAAAAUCAAUCCCAACAUCCACAAAACAUCCUCAACGAAAGUCAAACGUACAACGCAGGAGAAGGCAGCAUCCAGUUCGGAGGAAGAUGAAGAAUCCACCUUGGUGAGCUACAAAUCUAACCGGAGUGCCAUGCCAUUGGGUCCCACGGAUCAGGGUGCAACGGCUACGUAUGAAAUGGACACGGAAAAGGAUCGGGAUGCACAGGCAAUCUUCGAGAAGAGCCAGGAGAUCAAUGAUGAGCUUCGUGGGAAGGCAGAUGACAAAAUCUACCGAGGAAUCAACAACUACACACAGUUCUACAAGAAAAAGGACACAGCCAUGGGGAAUGCAAGCUCAGGGAUGGUUCGAAAGGGUCCCAUUAGGGCUCCAUCGCAUCUCAGAUCCACCGUGAGGUGGGACUACCAGCCGGACAUCUGCAAGGAUUACAAGGAGACGGGCUUCUGUGGCUUUGGCGACAGCUGCAAAUUCCUCCAUGAUCGUAGUGACUACAAACACGGCUGGCAGUUGGAGAUGGAGGGCAGCAGCAAGAGGAAUGACUCCGGAGAUGAGGAUGAUUCAAAGUAUGAGAUUCAUUCUGACGAAGAGGAGCUUCCAUUUAAAUGCAUCAUCUGCCGGGAAAGCUUCACAGAUCCCAUCGUUACAAAAUGUAAGCACUACUUUUGCGAAAAAUGCGCCCUGGCGCACUACAAGAAGACCUCAAGAUGCUACGUCUGUGGCAAUCAAACCAAUGGCAUGUUUAAUCCUGCUAAUCAACUCAUUGCUAAGCUAAAACUCGAGGAAUCCAAGAGGUGUGCCACAGAUGAGGAUUCAGAUUAAAUACCUUCGUUUUUCUUCAGGAAGUUUUGUUUUAACUUCACGUUUUCCCAGGAUUUUUGUAAUAUGAAUUUUUAAUUAUUAAUUAAAUUGUAUCAAAAUUCA